GGUGAUUUCUGGGAAGAAGCUUGUGCAGCCGUUAUUUCAGUGAAUUGAAGCAGCAUACUUUCACUUUCACUCUCGGUGUAGGGAGUGUAUGGCAAAUAUCUUAGGAACAAAGACACAAAUAUAAGACGGGAGGAGCCUCGGAACAUCGGGUUUGUGCGGUUCUAAAUUUAAGAACCAUGUAUGCUUUCUGCUGUUCAACCAAGUCGCUUUGCUAACGAUAGGCUAUAAUCAGCUUCUUUGCCUAGUCAUGGCGUGUGGCAGGCUCAUGUCCGCUCCGGUGUGUCUCAUUGAAAAUGAUGAAAAUGGGCAGCUGCAUGUGAGAAAAGAGGCCAAAGACAUUCUGGAUGGGAUCAAGGAGCCGGUGGUGGUGGUGUCUGUGGUGGGACUCUACCGUACGGGCAAAUCUUACCUCAUGAACCGCCUGGCAGGACAACAGUCCGGCUUUGCUCUCGGCAGCACCAUUGAAUCAAAAACCAAAGGCAUCUGGAUGUGGUGUGUCCCUCACCCUAAUAACAAAGGACACACUCUUGUGCUGCUGGAUACAGAGGGACUUGGAGACGUGGAGAAGGGGGAUGAGAAACAUGACACAUGGAUCUUCUGUCUGGCUGUUCUUCUCAGCAGCACUCUAGUGUACAACAGCUUAGGAGUCAUUGAUAACACGGCACUGGAAAAGCUGCACUAUGUUACAGAGCUUACAGAGAACAUUCGUGUGAAGGCAAAAGAGGGUCAACAUGAGGAAGAGUCGGCUGAUUUCAUGAGAGUUUUUCCAUCGUUUGUGUGGGCUGUUCGUGACUUUACUUUGGAACUGAAAAGGGGAGAUGAACUAAUAACAUCAGAUGAGUAUCUGGAGGGCGCAUUGAAACCCAAAACAGGUUGUUCACCUCAGACUGUGCGGUAUAACCUGCCCCGUAAUUGUUUGCGGCAAUUCUUUGCGGUGAGGAAGUGCUUUGUCUUCCCUCGACCUGCUAGCACGCCAAACAUGAGGCGAAUGGAGCAGCUGAAUGAGGAAGAACUGGAGUCAGAGUUUCUUGAGCAGGCAAACACCUUCUGCUGUUACAUCUACAACAAUGCACAACCAAAAACAGUCACUGGAGGCUGUACAAUUACUGGAACAGCUCUGGGUAAUCUUGCUGAGGUUUAUGUUGAGGCGAUUCGCAGCGGGAAGGUUCCCUGUCUGGAGAACGCAGUGGUGUCUCUGGCUAAGAUCCAGAAUGUCCGUGCAGUGGAGGAGGCCCUGCAGCUCUACAUGACAGAGAUGUUCAACAUGCUUCAGCUUCCAAUGCACCCAGAAGAGCUGUCUGACAUCCACACAGAUGCAGAGAAGAAGGCAAUUGAAGUUUUCAUCACCUUGUCCUUCAAUGACAAUGACAAGACAUACCAUCAAGAGCUCAUGGGGAAGAUUCAUAAUGAAUAUCAAGAUAUGUGCCAGCAGAAUCUUGAAGCGUCUCGCAUGCAGUGUGAGGAGAUUCUGCAUGAGGUGUUUGAUAAGCUGGAUAAAAGCAUUUCUAACGGAUCAUACUUAAAACCUGGAGGAUAUCAACAGUACAGGGACACUCUCAGUCAUCUGACCAGUGACUACAGAGCAAGAACGCACUCACAAAUAAUGUGUGAAGAAGUGUUGAGUACAUAUUUGAGAGCAAAAGAAGAUGCUGGAAAUAUGAUUCUACAAGCUGACCAAUCUCUCAGUAAGGUGGAACAGGAGAAUGAGGUGCAAAGACUGAAGAAUGAAAUUCUUGAGCAGCGGCAAAAAGGUCUAGAGGAACAGAACCAGUUACAGGAGCAAGCAUUUAAAGACAUGCAGAGAACCCAUGAUGAGCAUGUGAAGCAGAUCUUUCAUCAGAUGGAGAGAGAGCAGGAAAGGAUCAUCAGAGACAAUGAACGAGUCCUGGAAGCUAAAUUGAAGGAAAGAGAAGCUCUUCUACAGCAGGGCUUUCAGCAGGAGGCUGCCAGGAUGCAGCGUGAGAUUGACAGCCUAAAAUCAGACAUGAAUAAACAGGAAACGUCCCAACCCUCCACGGUGAGCAAGGUUAUGGAUGGUAUCGGCACCGCAGCAACUUUUUUGUUGCCAGGUUUCAUUCCUAAAUUAGCUGGCAUUGGUCUGUCCAUGUUUUCAAAACUGUUUUGAAAAUGGACAUAUAUUAUUGACAUACUUAACAUAUACGUACAUACAUGCAUGUAGUUUAUUCUCAUAUUAUACGCCGUAUUAAUUGAUAAGGAAACUAAAUUUGUUAUAAGCUAUGAACAAAGCUUUUGUUAUCAGAGUGACUGCUGUCUUCCACGUAGUGUUAAAACGAUUUACAAAAUCAGUGUUUCCUUAUGUAAAUCUUCCUGAGAACCUUCCAGUUAAAAGCCCUUACUUGUGGCUAAAUUAUGGCUGAUGUCUAUGUCCAGUAACAGCUUUGACAUCAAACAAUAGUGUGGUACUUUCUUUGUGUUUAAAGGUUUAGCUUAGAUGUCGGAUGUUCUUAAACUGAGUUAGAGUGUAUUCACUUUUUUUUGUUUGCUUGUAA